AUGAAUAAUUUAUUUAACUUACCGUUUGCCUUUUCUAUCAAUCCGGCAUCUGUAAAACAUUUACUUUUACAUCGUAAAAAUGUUCAUAAUCAUGGCGAAGAUAAAUGGACUGAAAAAGCUAUUAGAGGUUUGAUUAAACGUUUGACAAAAACGUCGAUGGUUGACGAUUUAGAAAUAGCUUUAGAUACAAAAAGCUCACAAACAAGAUGUGUUACCAUACCAAGAAAUACUCAAGGAAAACUAUUGCAAGCAAACACAUUACCCACUACCAAUAAACACUUUCCAGAUGCGACACCCGUGGUGGCAUUUUGUCGUAUAUGGCGUUGGCCAGAUUUAAAUACUCAUUUAGAAUUGAAACCAUGUGAAACUUGUGCAUACGCUUUUCAAGGAGAUCAUGAUUUGAUUUGUGUUAAUCCCUAUCACUAUGAGCGAAUUUGUACACCCAUUUUGCCCCCUGUUUAUGUACCUGUCUCUGAUCGUGCCGUAUUUGAUUCCAAUUCAGUAUCACUCCCGAAUGAUACAAAUUAUAUGCCUCAACCAGAUUCAACUGUUAGCAUGGAUUCCACAUCUCCUAUGAAUCAGUUAAAUAGUCCAUUGAAUUUACAAGAUAAUUAUGAAGCCAUGACUCCAACACAAGCUUCAGUUGCAGCAGCACAACAACAAACUCAAACUUAUGGAACAGGUACCAAUAUUUUCGAAACAGACGGUGAAGUAUUUCAAGCAUCGUUGAAUUCGUUCGUUGUCGAUGGCUAUUGUGAUCCAAAUGCAUCGGAUCGAUUUUGUCUUGGAUCGUUGACAAAUGUUAAUCGAACAAAUGAAAUUGAAGCUUGUCGACGAAUGAUUGGUACUGGUGCGAGACUCUAUUACAUCGGCGGUGAAGUAUUUGCCGAAUGUUUAUCCGAUACACCCAUAUUUGUACAAAGUCCAAGUUGUAAUCAACGUUAUGGAUGGCAUCCAGCUACAGUUUGUAAAAUUCCACCAGGUUGCAAUUUGAAAAUAUUCAACAAUAGUGAAUUUGCUCAAUUAUUAAGUCAAAGUGUUUCACUAGGUUUUGAACAUGUUUAUCAAUUGACACGAAUAUGCUCAAUUAGAAUGAGUUUUGUUAAAGGAUGGGGGGAAGAAUAUAGACGUCGUACCAUAAUGAGUACACCAUGUUGGAUUGAAAUUCAUUUGAAUGGCCCUUUACAAUGGCUCGAUCGUGUUUUACAAUCGUUAAGUCCACCUGGUCCUACAUCGAGCAAAUAG